CGUGUGCCAAAUGAUCAGUUGAAGGUGGCGCUUUGCGCUGAACGGUUCGUGUGUCCAUCAAUGCUCUCACAGCUCAGCUUGCAGUAGCAGCUGGCAAAGCGGUCAAGUUCAGCUCCUUUUCAGAACAAAUUAUUUAACUUUUAGCUCGUGCGAGCUUCAAUCAAAAUUGCACUAAAUUUGCGUUUAAUGUCAAUUUUUUUUUGCAUAACAAACGAAAAUAAAAGUGUUCAACGUGCCGAAUUAAAUUAUAAAUACUCAGGAACUUGUCACAGUGCCAAAUAUUAUGCGCAGAUAAAAGGUGUGCUUUAGCGUUCACCGAAAAUUAUCAACAAAAUAAAUAUAUAUAACUCAGAGGCCACGAAAAAAGCUACUAAAAUAUAAAUUAUAAUAAGCACAUGAACAACAACGUCAACAACAACAACAAUAAAAGAUUCUUAUGUAAAGUGCUCAGCAGCGAAUUACGAAUCACGUAUCACGAUCGUUAAUCGAUUCCCAGAGAGAUUGAAAUCAAAACAAUUUACGCAGCAGCUUUCAAACAUCGGUCAAAUAUUUAUACAGGAAUAAUCAAAGAUGAGCGCCGCCGCAGCUUUGGAACUGGCCGUGGCCCAUCGCAAGGAGCAGGCGAACGUGGCCAACCUGCUGGGCAGGCGGUAUGCAGAGCUUCUGCACGCAGAGAAGCACACGGACUGUGUGUUCCAUGUGUGCGAGCAGCAGCUGAAGGGACACAAGCUGAUUCUAAGUGCAGCCAGCCCGGUCUUUGAGGCCAUGUUCUAUGGACCGCUGCAGGAGCUGGAGCCGGAGAUCGAGAUACAUGACAUCAGUGCGCCGAUCUUUAAAGUCCUACUGGAGUACAUCUACACCGGCACCGUGGACUAUGAGUGCAUGCAGCUGGAGGCCGCCAUUGAGUUGUACUAUGCCGCCGAGAAGUAUCUGCUGGAUCAGCUUAUAACGGAUGCUCUACUAGCUAUAACGCGCAAGCUGCGCUUCUCCAAUGUCCUGCCAGCACUAGAGCUGAGCGUGUGCAUGGGACUGGACAGUUUGCUGGACGUCUGCAUGUCGUUCUUCAUGCGUUGUUGUGUGAACAACGAUCAGUACAUGAGCUAUCUGAAAGAGCACUAUGUGCACGUCUCCAAGGAGUGUGUCAAGAGCAUCAUCGCUGCCUGCAAGGAGCCCCACAAGUUGCUGCUCUGGUAUGUCUACGAGUGGACACAGCAGGAGUGCGAUGAUGCGGGGCUCGGGGAUGCCUCCACCUGGCAGCAGGUGCCGGGGUCAGCAGAUCUAGCAGAUUGUGCUACACCCCUACCACCGGCCACGCUCAUCGAGCGCUGCUACUAUAAGGCCUGCCGUCCGUUCACCAUCGAUGCUGAGUCGCAUGUCUGGCGGCUGGGAUUGAAGUGCUCGAGAUUCAUCUCGGUGCUGGGUCUGGUGCUCAACAGCCGACUUGCACCCAGUCUCACCUGCUACAUGGGCCAUGUGCCGCAAGAGUAUCGGGAAUCCUUGCGCAUCGAUCUGUUUCCCGAUGGCGGCGAUCAGCCUGUGUGGACGCACAUCAUCCAAAAUCAAACAACAAAAUACAAUUGUGAUUUGCAUCUGAGCUGGAGCCGCGACGAGGCCUGCGUCCUGACACCCGAGGUCCAUUACGUUCUCCAGCUCAGCUGGGAGAGCAGUGCGUACGGCGCCGAGUAUCCUUGCAGCCUGCAAUCCUGCCUGGUCGAUGGCAUUCGCUUCAUCGACGGCGACAGCUUCAGCGGUUGCUUGCUGAAGGGACUGCGCUGUGUGAACCUAGUUUAAUUACAUUCGUUUUAGAUAAUUUAAUUCGUAAUCAUUGUAUUUAUUGCUUUUAAGUUAAUGUACGAACGUGAGUUCAAUAAACUGUGAAAAACAAAA